CCGAAGCGGAAUUAAUUUUUGUUGGGGGAGACCUACAUAAACGCGAAAUAGUAGUUCUCCUGAAUUCCGUUUAUUAUAUAAUUAUUCAAUUGUAUAUCAAGUUUUGCUAGCUAGCAAGCUAGCUCGUAACAGCACUAGCUAGCUUGCUAGCUAGCCAGUAAUAAAGGCUAGCCUGCUACUAAGGUAGCUACUACUAGCUGUCUUGGACGUUAUUUGUUGGGGGUGGUGGGUUUUCUGUGUCGACUACAAAGGAGAAACUAGUAGCUGGCGUAGCUACCGAGGAAGGACUGAAAACAACAAAAAUAGCAAGAUAGCUGGAAAGUAAAAUGGCGGAGCCGGACAAAUUAAACAUUGACUCCAUAAUACAGCGGCUUCUGGAAGUGAAAGGCUCCCGACCUGGCAAGAACGUGCAGCUGACAGAGAACGAGAUUCGUGGCCUUUGUCUGAAGUCCCGGGAGAUUUUCCUCAGCCAGCCCAUCCUGCUUGAACUUGAGGCACCACUCAAGAUCUGUGGUGACGUCCAUGGUCAGUACUAUGACCUUCUGCGACUCUUUGAGUAUGGUGGAUUCCCUCCGGAGAGCAACUAUCUGUUCCUGGGGGACUAUGUGGACAGAGGCAAGCAGUCCCUGGAGACCAUCUGCCUUCUACUGGCCUAUAAAGUCAAGUAUCCAGAAAACUUCUUUCUCCUGAGGGGCAACCAUGAGUGUGCCUCCAUCAACCGCAUCUACGGAUUCUAUGAUGAGUGUAAAAGGCGUUAUAACAUCAAGCUAUGGAAGACCUUCACAGACUGCUUUAACUGUCUGCCUGUGGCUGCCAUUGUCGACGAGAAGAUCUUCUGUUGCCAUGGAGGUCUCUCCCCUGAUCUGCAGUCGAUGGAGCAGGUACGGAGGGUUAUGCGUCCCACAGAUGUCCCAGACCAGGGCCUGCUGUGCGACCUUCUGUGGGCCGACCCAGACAAAGAUGUGCUGGGCUGGGGAGAAAAUGACCGCGGCGUCUCCUUCACAUUUGGAGCUGACGUGGUGGCCAAAUUCCUGCAUAAACAUGACAUGGACCUCAUCUGCAGGGCACACCAGGUGGUGGAAGAUGGGUAUGAAUUCUUUGCAAAAAGACAGUUGGUAACACUGUUUUCAGCCCCUAAUUACUGCGGCGAGUUUGACAAUGCUGGCGCCAUGAUGAGUGUAGAUGAGACCCUCAUGUGCUCCUUCCAGAUUCUCAAGCCUGCUGACAAGAAGCUGUACUCCUAUGGGGGAGGAGGGGGCAUGGGGUCUGGACGUCCUGUCACUCCUCCUCGAAAUUCAGCCAAGGGUGGAAAAGCCAAGAAAUAACACCUACUGUACAUUUCCCUCCUUUUUCCUUUUCUACCUCCCUCUUUGUCUCUCCUCUGUUACCAAGCGGCAAAAAGUCAAAACAGUACCCAGGGUUUAGUCUCUUGUUUUCUUUUUAACUCUUUAUACUUAAUAUGUGUAACAGUUUGAGAAUGUGUGCGUGCGAGAGAGAGGGUUGUAUGGUGCAGUUCCCUCCUUCCUCACUUUUUUCCUCCCUCCUCUGUCUCCCUGUGGAAGAAACCACAAUUUCUUAUUGAGUUGUUACGGAUGCAUACAAGGCACAGAGAGCAGAUGAAUCUUGCAGUAAGCAGAAAUAAACAGAAAGGGAAGGGACAGAGAGGAGUGUACUUUCAUUGUUUAUGGAAGGUCCUGCACUGUUUCAAUGCUGAAUGUCAAUAUUUAUAGAUCGUCUGCUGGGACAGUAUGGAGUAGGGGGUUAAAUGGUUGUAAACAAGUCGCGCACUGACAUGUUCAUUCUAUUUUAUUGCCAAACAGCUAGGUUUGUACAAACUGCUAAGAGAGAAUGGUGAUGUAUGUGUGCUGAGAGAGACUGAGAAGGUUUUUGGCUGUACAAAAUUGCUGACUCACAUUCACAAAUUCAUAUGAAGAGCCAGAGAUUGAAAUGCAAACACAAUUUAGGUUUGAUGUGAAACAAAUAACUGUCUGAUUACUUGAGAGGUCAUUUUUGUUUUUUAGUCUUUCAUCGAAAGUAAACAAUCAAUAAAAGUAAGAUUUAUUGAAAUGUAUCCACUUUGUUUGUUUCUCCUGUAACAUAAAUUCAUAUUUUAUUUUGCCCACUUCAAAGUAUUUUUACUCUAUUCUUCUCAACAUCACACGUUCCCAUUUUAAAAGCAGUAUUAGUCAUAACUUUGAUAAGUUCAAGGUCUGAUAAACUGAAUAUGACAUGGGUGUUGGGAAGAGUAGAGUUCUUUCAAUCAUGCUUUUUAUUCUGCCUUUAUUCCUGGGGAAACAAGCUGUCUGGGUCAUUUGUCUAGUUGCAACUAUUGUGUUUCCUACCUUUUUCCAUUUUCAUUUGCUCUUCUACUCUGUCAUGUUGUCUUCUCACCUCCAAAUUUAUUUCAGUCUCUGACUCUCAAUUUAUCUGUCACUUUGCACACAGUACACACACCCAUCCUAUCCUGUCACUGAUUGGUCAUCCCCAAAGCCUGACCUCUUGGGCUCUUGGUCACUCACUGCUUCUGCUGCCUAUACAUUAAUUUCUUUGGUCUUUAACCUUUUUACUACUAUGUAUUGCUUUAUGCUUUCUGAAAAAGAUGAUUCUCAUUGAUUUAUCUUUCAAGAUGAGUUUGAUGUCAGCUGAUUAGUCUUGUGUUUUAGAAUUUAAAAUGGGGGUGGGGGGCUUUUAAAAAAAAAUGGUGACAUAUUAAAGGCAGCAUAAUGGACUUUGGUGAGUGUUCUGUUGAGGGUGAGCGCAUUGGCCUGUUGAAUUUUGUACCAUGUCUGUAUUCAGGUGGGGCUUGUAUGGUACUGUCACUGUUCCUGUCAGUCGUUUUCAUAGUCGUCACAGACUUUCCUCUCAGGUGCCCAAGAUGACAAGUACCCACUUGUGUGCAACUGAUCAACUGUAUGAGCAACUUGCUUUUUAAUUGUAAGAAUCAGGAUAAUUAUUAAAUACUUUGAACUUUAUGACAUGGAUGAAUUCUUAUUUGUGAAGGUAGAGCUUGGCUCUUUAAUAAUGCUGCUCGAAGGUCCCCUUUUAUAUGACGUACUGUACAAAUGAUCCAAAGCCUAUUGCAUUAGAUGUAAAAGAAGUUACUAUUACUCUUGAAAUUUGUAAGAAGUACUAUUACUGACUAAAUGUAUAACAUAACACUGCACAUCUUGGAAGGGACUGGUUUCCGAUGGGCAUGUACAGAGCAUUGAACAGGGCGGUAAAGUUGUUAGUGGAUUAUGGUGCUAUGUAAUGUCAGAGAGGAAAAUGUGACAUUCUCGUCAGUUGCUUCCUCUCUUGGUAUCUAAAACUUAAGGCUUUAAACUGUCAUAUGCUUUACUUAAUAGCACUAUCAAACUGAAUUGUACAUAGACAAUCUGUGUUGAUAAAGCAAACAUGUUUUAGAAGCCAGCACAGAGCUGAGAGAAGAAUCAUAAGAACAGUAGAUUUUUUAGCAAUUUUUUUGCUCAGGAUUUUGAACCUUGUACUGCUGGUAUAGUUCUAAAAUUCUCAGCUCUUUCUGUCAUUAAGAGCAUGUUUCAAAGAAUACACUCGCAGAAUGGAAAGCAAGCGUCCAAUAAGAUAUGUUGGCAUGUUACAGUGAUGCAAUUGGUGGAUUAAUUACUUUUAUUCUAGACUUAAGCAGAAUACUCUUUUUACUUCAUGGAGAGAAGAGCCAAUCAGGGACCUCUUCCCCCAUGCUCUGUUGCUGGGUAGAACACUCAAGUUAAAA